AGAGAGAGAGAGAGGGAGGGAUUUCCAAGGUGUAUCUUUAAGAGGGACGAAGGGGAUCGAAACAUGGAAGGGUGGCUGCAGCUCGUCCGGUGCAAUCGUCUGGGACUGCAUUACACCCGGAAAAGAUACUUCGUCCUCGAAGGUAACGCCCUCAAUUGCUACAAAGGCGUGCCGGCGUCCGACAGAGAGGUUCCUCUAAGAAGUGUAUUGAUUUGUUCCAGCACGCGUAUCACAGACAAUGGUCGAGAGAGCAUACAGAGAAAUGUCUUAUAUAUAUUUACCAUCUGUAGCACUUCCAAUCCCAGCAAUCAAUUAAAGUUGGGCGCAAGGAGCUCUGAAGAAGCAGCUAGGUGGAUCAGAAACAUAAUUGAAGCUGCAUUUAUGGAGAACCCAAACAAAGAAGAAAACAAUGUGGCUUGUACAAAGAGAAGACGACAAUCCUUUAGGUUGAACCACAGGAAUGUGAGGAGUCGCAUGCACUCCAUAGAUUGGACAGUUCACUCAUGUAUCCAUGCUGAUCCACUGAUAUUUGAUGCCAUCUCUCCUUCCAUGUGGAUGAUAAUUGGCUGUAAAAAUGGCUUACGGCUGUUUAAAGAAGAAAAAGAUGUUGGUUCUCCUACCAAGCAUAGGGAUGAUCAUCCAGGUAUGAUGGCAGUCGGUGUCAUUGAUGCAUCUUCUGAGGCCAUUUUCCAGACAGUGAUGUCUCUUGGACAGUCAAGAUCAGAAUGGGAUUUUUGCCUGUUGGAGGGUAAUGUGGUUGAGAGCUUGGAUGAACACACCGAUAUUAUCCACAAGAAGCUGCGUGGUGAUUGGCUACCAUGGGGAAUGAAAAGAAGGGAUUUAAUAUUAAAGCGUUCCUGGAGGAAGGAAGAUGAUGGAACAUAUGUUAUCCUAUACCACUCAGUGAUCCACUAUAAAUGCCAACCUGAAAGAGGCUAUGUCCGUGCUUGUCUUAAAAGUGGAGGCUAUGAAAUAUCUCCCGUGAACCAAGGAAAACAAUCAGUUGUGAAGCAUAUGCUUGCAAUUGAUUGGAAAUUUUGGAAAUCAAAUAUGUUUACCUCAUAUGCAAGUAUUACAAUGAAGAUGCUAGGAAGGGUUGCAGCUCUUCGAGAAUUCUUCCGUGCAAAACUUGGUAACUGUGCAUUCUCAGAUUUCACAUUAGAUGGUCUGACAAGAGAGAUUAUAUUGCCACAGAUUGAGGAACAAAUUAAACUAGACAUGCAAACAGUGGAUGAGAAUAGUAAAAUUGAAAACUUCGUAGAAGAGUCACAAAUGUCUCCUCCCAGACAUCCUGGAAAUGGAUCAUCAAAUCAACUGAAUGAUGCAGCUGAUGAAUUCUUUGAUGUUCUUACUGAAUCAGAGUAUGAUCAAACAGAAAACUAUUGUCCUUCUGAUGAAGGCAUGCAAUCCCAGUUAAUUCAAGACCAAUGCCAAGACAAGUUACCUACAACUGCAGUUUUCAUAAAGAAGUUACAUGAUAUCACAGAAGAUGAAUCUAUUGGAGAUAGCAUGCCAUGUAGCUAUGGGACCACUCUUCCAAAAGAUCCAAGUUGUAGAAUGGCUUGUAGUUGGGCAAUGGCAGAUCCUUCUACAUUCGCAAUUCGUGGUGAAUCUUACUUGCACGACCAUCAAAAGGUAAAAGCCAAUACUACCUUGAUGCAGAUGGUAGCUGCUGAUUGGCUGAAAUCAGACAAGCGUGAAGAUAAUGUUGGUAAUCGAACUGGGGGGAUUGUUCAGAAAUAUGCAGCACAAGGUGGCAGCGAGUUUUUCUUUGUUGUGCACAUGCAGGUCCCAGGUUUGACCACAUACAGUCUAGCUUUAUAUUAUAUGAUGGACACUCCAUUGGAAAAUGUUCCCUUUCUUAAAAAUUUUGUGAGAGGAGAUGAUUCAUAUAGGAACUCAAGGUUUAAACUCAUCCCAUGUAUAUCAAAGGGUUCAUGGUUAGUGAAGCAAAGUGUUGGUAAGAAAGCAUGUCUAAUCGGUCAAGCGCUUGAAAUCAAUUAUUUUCACGGGAGCAAUUACAUUGAGCUCGCGAUCGAUGUUGGUUCAUCAUCAAUCGCCAAGGGUGUUGUCAGUCUUGUUGUUGGUUACUUGAAUAGUUUGGUGAUCGAAAUGGCAUUCCUGAUUCAGGGUGAUACACAAGAAGAGCUUCCAGAGGUCCUUCUUGGAACUUGCCGGUUGAACCAUCUUGAUAUCUCCCAAGCUGUUCAGAUUAGUUCAUGAUCAAUUUCAUUGGAUGAUUCUUCCUAACGGUGUCAAAUCAAUGUAUAAUUUCCUUUAGAAUCGUGGGGGGGAAAGGACAAUGUUGAAUACGGAACCCAAGGAUUUUUGAUGUUCUAACUUCACUGAAAAGCAAAUGAUGAAAAAAGCUUAAAGUUCUUGAGCAAGCAGGAGAACUACAUUAAUCCUGUGGUUGUGAAGAAACGUGAUGUUCUGCAGCUGCUGGCCACAACUUGUCUAUCUUACAAUGUUCUCCAUCCUCAUCUCCGCAAGGUCUGUUGUGUGUUUACACCAAGACCCAGUUGUGAACUUGGAGCAUGUGAUUAGUCUGUC